GAUUUUUGCCAGAUUUUCAUGUCCUGUGUGGUGUGGUGUACGUACACGCACCACCGCCCCGACCCUGCGCGCCGGCGAGAUGCUGCCUCGCAACCACCGAUGAGCCUGAAAUGUGCGUGCGUGGCGGCGCCACUUGGCAUUGCGACACAGGAGCCUUGAAACGUCUCGAUAACGUCACGACGUCACUCAUGAGCAACGUGAGGGAGCAGUGGUCUCCGCUGUCGGACGUGUGCGCGAUGGGCUGCGUCGCAAAUCAUGCCUUUUCGGUACAGCGGCGGCAGCGGUCUCGGGCUCGCGUACGCCUGCUGCGUCGACAUGUCGGAUUGGCAACUCGCUUCCGGACACGUAUCGGGCGGCGGGUUGCUCCCCCGGUCGUCGGUGAGCGGUGGCUGGGCUCGACGCCAAAUUUACUGCCAUAGUGACUGACUCCGCAUCGCCGCU